ACAUUAAUUUAUCUUUAAUUGUCACAUAGGCGCUUUAUUUGUAUUAACGAGAAACAACAAAAUGUGAUUUACUUUAAUUCUGUAUGGCAACUAAUCAAAAAAGUCAGAUAAAAACCAUUUGCAGCCAUCAUCCAUUUAAUUUAUUUAAAUCAUUGUGAUUUGUGAUCAUAAGUAAUGCCCAGCGCCAUCGAUAGCGACCAAAAACCAUCGUAGGUGGCUAUGAAUUAUUUAUUAAUUAGGAAAAAUUCUCUUGAGUGUAUUCUAACUAAAGUAGAGGAAGUGUUCCAAAAGAGUAUACCACAGUCCCGGUUCAAUGAGUAUUUAAUUGUUUAUUUUAUUUAACUACAAUAGGUCUAUAAAUUCCAGUAUCAGUAGACUUUUUGAUUUAUCCUGGUAGAGAAAAGGCAAACAUGUGCAAUAUAUGUAUGUACAUAUACAUACAUACACACAUUGCAGAUAAUGGAGAAAAAAGUAAAUGGAAAAGAAUAGAAAACAAAGCGAAAUAAUAAUAAUAAUUAAUUAAUAAUACGAAAUAAUUUAACGCAUAAUUUUAUUAAAAUUAAAUUUUAACGAAACGCUGACAAUCUUGACGAUUCAAAAUUGAAAGCAACUGAACAGAAACGCAAUAGAACAACAGAAAUGCUAUGUACUUCUUUGUCUUUUCGUCAUUUGCUAUUCAUAUAUGACUGGCAAUAAAAAUAAUUUUAUAUCAAUAUGUUCAAUUAUAUUAUUAGGCCUAUCUUCACCUGCUCUUCAGCAAAACAUUAACGCACAAAAAAACAUUGAGGAUAUAUUUAAUACUAAUAGUAAUCGUCCAGCGCAACUACAGAGCGGAAUCGGAUUAUUGGUUACACCCGAUCCUAUAGAAACCAUAAGUCAACAGUCAAAUUUUAGUUCAACUAGUGGCAAAACCGCAACUUGUCAUUGCGUACCUUAUUAUAAAUGUGAUCCGUCAACGAAUAGUGUCACUGAAGAUGGCUCUUUUGACGGAUUUGGUGUUAUAGAUAUUCGUUUUAACGCCGAUGAUCCGAUAUGCCCGGCAUCUGUAGACGUAUGUUGUGAUGAUAAUAGGACGGUUAAUAGAACGUUGAAUCCGACGCCCUUGGAUCAAAGACCAAACCAACCAAAGGGCUGCGGUGUUCGCAACACAGGUGGACUAGAUUUUAUUCUUUCCGGGGCAUCGCAAAAUGAAGCGGGCUUUGGCGAGUUUCCAUGGACGGUAGCACUAUUGCAUUCUGGAAAUUUAAGCUAUUUCUGUGCUGGAUCACUUAUACAUAAACAAGUGGUUUUGACUGCUGUGCACUGUGUUGAGACGGUUAAUACAGGAUCAUUUACUGUCCGAGCUGGAGAGUGGGACACACAAACAACGAAAGAGCGUCUACCGUAUCAAGAAAGAUCGGUACAAACUGUUAUAUGGCAUCCUAAAUAUAGAAGCAGAAACAUAGCUUAUGAUUUCGCACUUAUAAUUCUAACUCAACCGUUUGCUUUGGAUGAUCAUAUUAAUGUUAUAUGCUUACCACAACAAAAUGAUAUCCCGGAACCCGGUAACACAUGUUUUUCCACCGGCUGGGGAAAAGAUGAUUUUGGUUCUUUGGGCAAAUAUAGCGCCUUCAUGAAGCGUGUUCCGUUACCCAUUGUCGAGUUUAACAAUUGUCAAACGCGACUUAGAGGCACUCGACUUGGACCAAAGUUUGCAUUGGAUAGGUCAUUCAUAUGCGCGGGUGGACAGCGUGGCAUUGAUACCUGUCAAGGGGAUGGCGGAGCUCCACUGGCUUGUCCUAUUGGAAGUACAAGGGAGUCCCGAUAUCAGCAGGCUGGUAUAGUUGCUUGGGGAAUAGGAUGUAAUGAUGAAGUUCCAGCAGCUUAUGCCAACGUAGCCUUGGCCCGAAGUUGGAUUGACCAGCAAAUGUUAGCUAAUGGCUUCGGAACGGAUGUGUACACCGCUUAACUUGUAUCUUACAGUUACAGAAUAAUACAACUCAUAGUGUAUUUAAAUGCAAUUAUAAUAAAAGAUUAAAUAAAUUUAA